UGAGCAAGUAACAACUAAAAAAAGAAGCGCAUAAGAAAUAAACAAAUAUAAGUGUGUAGAAUUACGUGUUAAAGAGCGUGCAAUAUAAAUUAAAAGAGGCUGAGGGAAAGAAAGAGAGAGAGCCUGCAGCUGAGAACCAAUAAGAUUUAAACGCAUCAGAGCGUCGCGUUUAUAACUGUGUUUUGGUGCCAGUGCCUUGCACUUGUUGUUGUUGGUGUUGUCGCUGCGUGCGUAGAAUUUGUGAAAAGAGAAAGUUUUAGAGCGCAGUCGCGCAGACGAACAAGAAGGUGAAAUACAGAAUUAAGGUAAGUGAAUAUUAUGGGUACUAAGCAAACCAUGUCGCAUAAUGUGGGUCAAGGCGAGGAGGUCCAGAAACAUAAGAAGCUACGUGGUGGAAAAGUACGCGACGCCAAUGCGCUGCCACCAAAGAAAUCUGUAACCAUAGCCUAUAUACUGUGGCUAGUUGGCGGCCUCUUUGGACUGCAUCAUCUCUACUUGCAUAGGGAUCGCCAUGCGUUUAUCUGGUGGUGCACUCUAGGCGGCUACAUGGGCAUUGGCUGGCUGAGUGAGAUUUUUAUGAUACCACAAUAUGUGCGCGAUGCCAAUGAAGAUCCUGUCUUUGUGCAACAGUAUGUGGCCAAGCUGCAGCUCUAUGCGCGCCCGCCUUAUGCCGCAAAGCGUUUUCUGGGACAGAUCAUGAUAGGCUAUCUGUUUGGCCAACUGCUCGCUUCGGCUAUACCGCCUAAUCCGUUGUUUGGCCUGGAUAUGAGCUUUCUGCACUGGCUUAUACCCGUGGGCGUGUCCCUGGGCGUCUGGCUUGUGGGCAACGUUGGACGUGAAUGUGGCGUUUGGUGGCAUUCGCUGCUCGCUGCCUUGGCAGCCUAUCCUAUGCGCUAUCUGAUCUAUGAUGAAACCUAUAGUCUGCUGCUGACAGCGCUUGUGUCUGCCUGGGCUUUUGAUGUGCUUUCCAAGCAGUGGCGACGCACGCCGCCUGCUCGACGCGGCGCUGCGGAACGCACUCUGAAGUUUACUGGCGCGCUCUGCAUUUACUUCAGCAUCUGGGGCUGUGUUGUCUUCUUCAAUGGCACCAUUACCGACGAGGAUGGCGGCGAGGUGCCGCUGCACGAGGCCUUGCACAAUUUCCUCGCCUCUGCCUGGUGGACAGAUCUUAAGCAAGCGCUGCUGGAUACUUAUAACUAUGCGCAACAUCAUGGCUGGUAUGAAACCUGGCGCGAAGUAUUUGAAAGCAUGGACGUGGAUGGUGAGCGCAAUGCCUACAAGGUGUUGGGUGUGAGUGCCACUGCCUCGCAGUCAGAGAUAACUGCCGCCUAUCGUAAGCUCUCCAAGGAGAAUCAUCCCGAUAAGGUCAAGGACGAGGCAUUGCGUGCGCAGGCACACCAACGGUUCAUUGAUAUACAGCAGGCAUAUAGUGUGCUCAGCAAAAUCAAAUCAAGUCGUCGACGCAAAAACAAACAGUUCAAUGAGGACGAUGCGCCCAUUGUAAUCUAAGUCCCAGUUCAAGUUCAAGUCCAAGUCGUGCUUAAAAUUGUAUGCUCGCUUUUUUUUUAAUUUUCUUUGUAAUAUUUAUUGCUUUUACAUGUUAAUUGUUAGCUUUAGUUUAAUAACCUAAACAUAUAUAUGACGAAUCCAGAGCGUACUUAGCGCAACGAAUUCAAUAAUUGACGCCUCACGCGAAGGCAAUAAAAAACAAAAAACGUUAAGCUCUUAAGCAAGUCUA